GUGUAGCAUUGCAAUCGGAAAGCCUGGCAAACGCUGCCAUUGUUCGCGAGAAAAAAGGUUCAAGCAAGCUAAACGAGUCUAAGAAUAUUGCACUAAAUCGUCGGUAGUGUAUAACCAUAGUGCCCUAAAAAAGUGAUCUUUUAAAAGUUUAAUAAUGGUGAUGACUGAAUUCCUAUAAGAAUUAGCAAGACCCAAUUUACGCCUAUUUAUACGCCGAGUUCUGUAUAAACCAACAAUGGACGGCGUUAAGGUUGAGGCGUUCAUCAAAAGCGAAGAAAACCGAGGAGCGAUGACUCUGAUUGGAAGUAGCAGUGCGUCGGGCGGCGCCCCUUCAGUGGGAGUGGGCAGCGGUGCAGGAGCCGUGGGAAUCGGAGCAUCCGCCACGUUGAGCGUGGAACUGUGUCUAGUGUGUGGAGACCGCGCCUCCGGGCGCCACUACGGCGCCAUCAGCUGCGAGGGCUGCAAGGGCUUCUUCAAACGCUCUAUCCGCAAGCAGCUGGGCUACCAAUGUCGAGGCGCAAUGAACUGUGAGGUGACGAAGCACCAUCGGAACCGGUGCCAGUUCUGCAGGCUGCAGAAGUGUCUGGCCAGCGGCAUGCGAAGUGAUUCUGUGCAGCAUGAAAGGAAGCCGAUUGUGGACAGAAAGGAGGGAAUCAUUAACGCAGCAGCAGGUGGCUCAUCCGCUUCUGGUGGUGGAGGAGGCUCCUCCACUUACCUGUCCGGGAAAGCAAGCUAUCAGUCUGGUGGGCGUGGUAAAGGGCACAGUGUCAAGGCCGAGGCCGCCGCCACGCCCCCUGUGCAGAGCACCCCUGCCACGCCGUUCAACUUGAACGAGAAUUUGUUCCCAAUGGGCCUGAACUUUGCUGAAUUAACGCAGACCUUAAUGUUUGCCACACAACAGCAGCAACAGCAACAACAGCAACAGCAGAGCGGCACAUACUCCCCAGAUCUUCCCAAAGCAGAUCCUGAAGACGACGAAGAUGAUUCGAUGGACAAUAGCAGUACGCUGUGCCUGCAGCUAUUGGCCAACAGCGCCAGCAACAAUAAUUCACAGCACCUGAACUUUAAUGCUGGAGGCGAGGCACCGACGACCACACUCCCUACAACCUCGACAAUGGGCCUUAUCCAGAGCUCGAUGGAUAUGCGGGUGAUUCACAAGGGACUACAGGUGUUGCAACCUAUCCAGAAUCAAUUGGAGAAGAGUGGGAAUCUUAGUUUGAAGCCAGAAUGCGAUUCAGAGGCGGAGGACAGCGGCACCGAGGAUGCUGCCGAUGGUGAACUGGAGCACAUGGACCUUGACUUUGAGUGCGGUGGAAAUCGAGGCUCCAGCGCGAGCGAUUUUGUGGUUAAUGAGGUAGUAUUUGAACAGGAUCUGCUUACUGACGCCCAGUGCGCCUUUAAUGUUCAACCUCCGACAUUGGUUCACUCGUAUUUGAACAUCCAUUAUGUGUGUGAAACGGGCUCGAGGAUUAUUUUUCUUACUAUCCACACUCUUCGCAAAGUACCAGUGUUUGAUCAACUGGACGCCCAAAGUCAAGUGAAACUGUUGCGAUGUGCCUGGCCGGCUCUCAUGGCUGUAGCGUUGGCCCAAUGCCAGGGCCAGUUAUCGGUAUCUACUAUUAUUGGGCAGUUUAUACAGAGCACUCGGCAGUUGGCAGACAUUGAUAAGAUUGAGCCCCUCAAGAUCUCUAAGAUGGCCAAUCUCACUCGCACCCUGCACGAUUUUGUUCAGGAACUACAAUCGCUGGACGCCACGGAUCUUGAGUUCGGGCUUGUGCGACUAAUCCUGCUCUUCAAUCCGUCACUAUUGCAGCAACGCAAAGAGCGCCAGCUACGGGGAUACGUUCGAAAAGUUCAACUUAAAGCCUUAUCAAAUUUACGUCGACAGGGAGGAAUUGGUGGUGAAGGAGAGGAGCGUUUCCAUGCACUAGUGGCCAGACUUUUACCACUAAGCAGCCUGGAUGCAGAGGCCAUGGAGGAGCUGUUUUUCGCCAAUUUGGUUGGGCAGAUGCAGAUGGAUGCUCUGAUUCCAUUUAUACUGAUGACUAGCAAUACCAGUGGUUUGUAGUUGAAGGAAGAAUUAAGAAUAUGCGGGGCGGGCAAUGAAGCUGCGCAACGCCCACAAGCAAGACUGAAGAUGGACCAAGUGCGGGCAAUACACGUAGAAAUUAGGAAAAUCCCCAUUAUCUAUAUUUAAUAAAUAUUUUAUCAGACAAUAUUGAAA